AUGCUGACCACUGCUCUCCUUUCUCUACAGACAUCAUCCCGCCCCCGCGGCGAUGUAGGCGGAAGCUUCGCCAGUCGACGCGGCCACGCCAGCCAGCUGUCCAUAUCCGACCCGAGCCACCAUGUGACCGAGGCCAUUGGAACCCUGUACGGUGACGAGGACGACUAUGCCAACGACCACCGACCCAUGAGCUUCAUACAACAGCCCGAACACCUCCACAAACUCUCUCACCUCGAUGAUGUCCAAGAUCCACGGCGACAGCAGCUGCUGCGUUCCACCUCGGACCAGUCGGGCACGAGCCUAUCCCUCAACGGAACUACAGGUAUUAAGAAGGCCCAAACGUUACCCACGAGAGCCCCGAGCCUGCGGUCAAAUGCCUACGGAGAAGGAGGGAAAACGCCCUUGUCCCCGACCAUGUCCCUGCGAGACGUCCAGAACGAGUCGUCACAGUUUCCCCUGACCAACAUCGAGCACCCUAACGACAUUGCGCAGGAGCUGAGCAACCUUCAAGCACUGAGGAGAAUGUCGAUGGAUGUCGGCAACAACGCCGAUCCGGAUUUGCUCCCCUUUUCGAGCAUGUCUCUGACAACCAUGCCGUCGAUGGCGCCUUCGGGAGACGACGAUGAGGCAGAUCCCUCCAGACUGCUGUGGGUUCCUGCGGCUGUUCACCCGGAGUUGGCGCCCACAGAAUUCAAGAACUUUCUGGAAAAUCGCGUGCAGUCCAUGAAAAGGAGGUCGGGCGAAUCUCUUCUCUCACCAGACACGUUGGAUCGAAGCAAUUCGGGGGGGCUGAGGAGAAAGAAGAGCAUGCUCUCUCGACAGAUUGAUAACUCAGGAGGACGCGGCGCUGACGGCUAUGUGGAUGGGUCGGUGAAGCUUGACGGCAAGCGAACCAGUGAGCCGGCCACGGAACUGAGCCUGGAUGACUUGAUGAAGGACCCUACCGGCGCCGUGCAGAAGCUGGCUCACGAGUCGCAACCAGGGGUCGGACCCGAAGGCAGCGUUGACGACAUGCCGAUAUUGCCCAUGGUUCCUGGCAUGGGGCUCCGUCGGUCGACCCGCACAACAUACAGGAAGGGCGGUAGCUUGAGAUCAGGCGAGCGGCAUUCUCUCAACAAGCGGACGUCCGCCAGUCGACAAACCCAGUCCGAGGCUCAACAGCAGCCGGAAGCCACCCCUGCGGCGCCCCUCGAGGAUGUCCCUAAAGGCCAUCUCCUCUCCAGAGUCCAGUCUGAGCCCAUCUCCGAGAACUUUUCCCGGCCUGGCAGGCCAGCGCGACGUCAACAGAAUUCUCCUCAGGAGGAUGCCUAUUCCGCACUUACUGGGGGCGAGCCGCCAUCGUCCGAGACAUAUGACUCCACGUCAAAUGUGCGCAGCUUUCAGGAGGAUGCUCCGGCUCGUACUGCCUCAACCUCGUCCGUACCACAAAUUAUCGAACCCUCAGCCUUGGAAGACGAUCAAGGCGGCCAGAGACAAUAUCCGCAGAGGACUACUUCAUCCCAGCAGGGAGUUCCAGACGAGCCACCAGCACGGUCGUCAAAGCGUCCGGGCAUGGUUCGCUCACCACAAUCCAGCUCAGGGUCUCUCACCUUGCAACAGCAACAGCAGCAGCAGCAGCCAAAACAGCAGCAGCAGCAUGGUAACAACCCGAACAACAGCCUCAAUGACAUGGCGCACAACCCAUCCCCUCUGCCGGGCGGCGGCGCCACCAGAACUGACAGUCUCACGUUUAUUCCAACGCUGGCAGCAGAUGAUCGGAAAGCCGACAGGAAGUCAAAGAAGGACAAGGACGACGAAAGCAGCAGCGGAUCCACCUCGAAAUCCUGGUCCAAGUGGCUCAAGGGGAGCGGCGACGACAAGGAGAAGAAGAAGAGGGACGAGGAAAAGAAGAAAAGCAAAACCUUUGUCGAGAAGGCUCAGGACAACGUGCGACUGGACGUCUUGCAAAACUCUAUUGAAAGUGCGGUUACCAAGGGUCGCGAGAGCCUGUUGCUUGAUCGGGACAAUGUUGACAGCAAGUUAGCCGAAGAAAGAAAAAAGGAAAGCAGUCGAAAGUCAGAUCCGGCGAAGAAGGAGAAGGAGGGCGGUGGGUUGUUCUCAGGUCUCUUUGGCGGCGGCAAGAAGAAGGGCGAGAAGGAGUCCAGCAGCAAAAAGGGCCAUCACCUACGCGUCUCCGAAGACCCGAUCUAUCGCCCGCUCCGACCCGACGUCGACUACCACUGGACCCGAUUCCCGUUGCUGGAAGAAAGGGCGAUUUACCGCAUGGCGCACAUCAAGCUGGCCAACCCGCGCCGCUCGCUAUCCAGCCAGGUCCUGCUCAGCAACUUCAUGUAUAACUACCUCGCCAUCGUCCAGGCCAUGCACCCGCAGGCGCAGGUUCCUCAGUCGCCGCAGCAAAGACGCCUUGAAGAAGAGCGCCGUCGCAAAGAGCAGGAGGAGCAGUACCUCGCCCAGCAGCAGUUGCAACAACAGCAACAAGAGGAGUCGGAUCAAGACGCCCUCGACCAGUACAACUUUGACUACCACCGGGGUGCCUCUCAGUACGGCGACAGUAACUCGCAUGAUGGUGUAGAUUAUGUGGAUGACGCGCAAAUUUACGAGUACGAACAUGGCGGCGGCGGCGGCGGCGGCGGUCAAAAGCAAGGUCAAGGCAACGACAACAGCUACGGCGACGAGUACGGUGGAACGCACGGCAAGGAGUACUAUGACCAGUACGAUCAAGGCAGCGGUGCGAACGGCGACGGGCGAGGGCGACACAGUGACGGUCGAGACGACAUGUGGUGA